CCCCCUGGAACGAGGUCUUUGAGGUGAUCAUCACAUCAAUUCCAGGCCAAGAGCUAGAGGGUGAGGUUUUUGACAAGGACCUGGACAAGGAUGACUUUCUGGGCAGGUGUAAAGUGAGUCUCACUACAGUCCUAAACAAUGGCUUCCUUGAUGAGUGGCUGACCCUGGAGGAUGUCUCAUCUGGCUGCCUACACUUGCGUCUGGAGCAUCUGACCCCCGUCCCACUGCUGCUGAGUUAGAGGAGGUGCUGCAGAUGAACAGUUUGAUCCAGACUCAGAAGAGUGCAGAACUGGCGGCAGCCCUGCUCUCCGUCUACCUGGAGCGGGCUGAGGACCUGUGGCUCCGAAAAGGUACCAGGCCUCCCAGCCCUUAUGCUACUCUUGCUUUGGGAGAUACUUCUCAUAAAACUAAGACUGUCUUCCAAACGUCAGCCCCUGUCUGGGAUGAGAGUGCCUCCUCUCUCAUCAGGAAACCAAACUCUGAGAGCCUGGAGUUGCAGGUUCGGGGUGAGGGGACUGUCACACUGGGCUUGUUAUCCCUGCCUUUCUCCGAGCUCCUCGUGGCUGACCGGCUCUGCUUGGACCGCUGGUUUAUGCUCAGCAAUGGUCCAGGGCAGGAGCUACUGCGAGCACAGCUCAGGAUCCUGGUGUCCCAGCACUCAGGGGUGGAAGUUCACAGCCACAGCUAGAGCCACAGCUCCUCAUCUCUGAGCGAAGAACCAGAGCUCUGGAGGGGACUCCCUCACAUCACUUCCUCAGCCCCAGAGCUCCGGCAGCGCCUAACACACAGUGACAGUCCCCUUGAGGCUCCAGCCUGGACUCUGGGCCAGGUGAAACUGACUGUUUGGUACUACAGUGAAGAACGCAAGGUGGUCAGCGUCAUUCACAGUUGUUGGGCUUUUCGACAAAAUGGACGGGAUCCCCCCGACGCCUACAUGUCACUGUUGCUACUGCCAGACAAGAACCGGGGCACCAAGAGGAAGACCUCACAGGAGAAGAGGACCCUAAAUCCUGAAUUCAAUGAACGGUUUGAGUGGAAAUUGCCCCUGGAUGAGGCCUUUCGGCGAAAGCUGGAUGUCUCUGUGAAGUCUAGUUCCUCCUUCAUGUCAAGAGAGCAUAAGCUGCUGGGGAAGGUGCAGUUGGACCUCGCUGAGAUAGACCUUUCCCAGGGUGCAGUCCAGUGGUAUGACCUCAUGGAUGACAAGGACAAGGGCAGCUCCUAGGAGCCGGAGAUUACCAGCCUGACUGCUCUGUCUCCUUGCCUCGCCUCUCGCUGUAUCACUGCCUCAAUGUGAUGAGCCUAAAGCUUGGAGUCUGAGGGCAGAGCCUGCACCCCUCAGCCAUCUCACCUCCCAGGCCCAUGAUAGGGCCUUUGCAUGACCAAAGAGGAGGCCCAUAUGUUACCCUUUACUGCACGGCCUUUAUCCUUCUGGGCUCCUGGGACAGGGACAUGAGCUGGCUAUUUCCUGCUCUGCCUGCACAUUCUCCUUUCUGCCCAGCUCCUCAGGACCUUCUGUGUUUGUGCCUGGUCACUGGCAGCACUAGCAGUGGCAUUAGCUUAUGCCAAAUACAGCUUUUUGAAAGACCAAAAAAACAAAAAAAAACCCACAUAGUUUCCCCAGGAAACUAGCCCUUGAAUCUUUGUCUCAGGUCCGUUUCUGGGGAAACCCAAACCAAGAUGAUCAAUGGGCUCCUUCCAAAAUUCUUGUAACAAAUUCCAAAGCCAAAUGGACAUCAUUUAAAAAUCAUCCAUAGGAUGAUUAAAAGUUGACAAUUCAUAGAUAAGCCAAGACUCAAAUUUGCUAAAUUUAAGUUCUUUCACUUACAGCAUCAAUAUUCAUCAAACCUGCUUCUUCGUGCUCUGAAAGUGUUCUUAUGACUGAAUGACCUCUGUUAGGAAAUAGUUUAACAGAAUGCAUUUCCAUUCAUUUUCAUGUGCUUUGAACGUUAUGGCACAAUCCUCUGAAUCAUGAUUCACAGGUGUUUUCCAAAACUCUCAUUCUGUGACCUUGGCCAUUUUAGCAACUACCUUCCCCAGGAAUGUGCUGUGCAUGAAAUCAUAGUGGCUGGUACACACAAAUUUUUAUUUUUAGAUUUAUUUACUUUCCCUUUCUCCCUAAUACUGAUACUGAUACUUUUUCCCAAAUACUGAUACUUCACAGAAGAAGAGGACCUGGAUGAGGCCUUUUAGCGAAAGCUAUACUUUCCCUUUUUCCCAAAAUACUGAUGUAUUAUUUUCCUUUUCUUCCCUUUUUACCCACAUUUCUCCCUUUGUUUAUUUCUAUCCUGUCAUUUCUCUUUUUAUGACAAAAUGAUACAAUCUCACAUAGUGUGCUGACAGUGGAUGCUGUGUGCCCAACACAUCCCUCUUGGAUCAAGGAACUCACUCCUCCUGCUGAGGGAUAUUGGCUGCUGAUGGCUCACAACUCAGUUCCUUUUCCAAAAUUGUCCUCAGCUGAAGGAAGCUACCUUGCCCAAGAUUAUGCUCCACGCUGGGGACAGCCUGCAUCCAAAAAGACCCAGACACUUUGUCUCAGUUUGGAACAACUCUGAAGGACCAUCCCAGUUCCUAAGCUCUGCAUGGGAUCAGCUGAGGCUUCUUUUCCAAUUGCAUCAUGGUUUACCUUCUCCCUUUGCCUGUUCUGCUUUCCUUACUCUUCACAAGUACUAUUCCUG